AGGCGGAGCGACGGGCAUCGGAUCACCAGGCAUCAGGUCAUUUGGCUCGCCAGCGGGCACCGCGUCAUCUGGCAAGGCAGUGGGCACCGAGUCACCAGGCACGACAGUGGGCUCCGAGUCAACUGGCAUGACAGCAGGCACCGGGUCAUCUGGCGCUGGAUCGUCUGGCUCGACAGCGGGCAACGGGUCAUCAGGUACCGGAUUGUCUGGAUCGACAGCGGGCACCGGGUCAUCUGGCAUGACAGCGGGCACUGGGUCAUCAGGCAUUGGAUCGUCUGGCUCGACAGCGUGCAUCGGGUCACCAGGCAUGACAGCGGGCACUGGGUCAUCAGGCAUUGGAUCGUCUGGCUCGACAGCGGGCAUCGGGUCACCAGGUAUGACAGCGGGCACUGGGUCAUCAGGCGUGAUAGGAUCAUCAGGCUGGGUACAGACAUCAGGCUGAAGUGCGGGUGCCGAUGCACCAGGCUGUACCACGGAAGGCAGGUUCUCAGACGGCAGGCUCACCGGGCCAAAGAAAGGAUAGGUGCAGCGAGUGGGAGCAGGGGACUGGUAUGUGGUAGUUAGCAGAGAAGAGUGCCUUGAGCAGAGGUAUGACGUUGUAAGCUGACUGAGGCUGGGUGCAACAAGUCUGACCAUGUCUGCAGUAUGGGUUGAACAAAGCUUAGCUUACACAAAGCCUGUCUGGUCAAAGACUGCACUGCGUUUAUACAAUCCCUUAAUACCUGUGGUGAACAUGCAG